GGUCAGAUAAUAACGUUGUUUUCGUGUGUUUACAGGAUCGCACAGAUCCAGCACGGCAAGGAGGUCAUCUUAGCGGAGAUUUUCUACUGUAACAAAUUAUGGCAACUUUUCGAAUUCUGAGACUCGGGUUACGGAAAUCCACAGUAUCUGUGUACAGAGGACGCUUUCAUCCCACCAUUGCUGCUGUUGUUGUAAACAAGGAUGGAAAAUCCUCGUUAGUGACAAGGCCAUUUACAACGUCAUCAGAUAGCGGACAUCAACAGUCUACAAACUGGAGGAAAUCGGCAGCUUUCUUUGGUGCAGCAGCUGGACUUGUGGGUCUGACGUUAUAUGCCAAGUCCCAGAUAGACGCCCAGCUAGCUUCAUCAUCUGAGGAGCGUGAGGCAGGGUCUCUUGUUUCUGGCCUACCCACCUACACUCUUGAAGAUGUUGGCAAGCAUAAGACAAAGGACACCAGGAUCUGGAUGACCUACAAAAAUGGAGUUUAUGAUGUUACAGAAUUUGUGGCAAACCACCCUGGUGGGAGUAAGAUCCUGCUGGCAGCCGGUGGGGCCAUGGACCCGUUCUGGAACAUGUAUGCAGUGCACAAGAACAAAGAAGUAUUUUCAAUGCUUGAAGAACUUCGUAUAGGAAACAUCACUGAAAUUCCAAAAGAGGAGGAACGGGAUGCAAGCAAUCCAUAUGCUAAUGAUCCAAAACGACACCCUGCCUUACGGCCAAGUUCCUCAACUCCUUUUAAUGCUGAGCCUCCUCUUCAGCUCCUCCCAGACAAUUUUCUUACACCUAAUGACCUCUUCUUUGUACGUAAUCACCUUCCAGUUCCAGAUGUAGAUCCAAAGACAUACAAGUUAGAAGUUGGAAUUGACGGAGCCUCUCGAAAGAAGAAUAUAAAUCUCAAUGAUCUAAAGAAUCGAUUUCAGAAGAAGUCUGUGGCCUCCAUUGUGCAAUGUGCUGGUAAUCGUCGUAGUGAAAUGGUGAAGAUCAAAUCAGUUAAGGGACUAAACUGGGGCGCAGCUGCCAUAAGUAAUGCAGAAUGGGCUGGAGUAUGUCUCGAUGAUGUCCUGAAGUAUUCUGGGAUUGAUAUAGACACUGUCGAUUGUGAUCACAUUAUUUUUGACGGCUUGGAUCAAGACCCAACAGGUUCAACCUAUGGAGCGUCUAUCCCGAUUGAACUAGCUCGUCGUCUGAAGAAGGACAUAAUUGUAGCAUACGAAAUGAAUGGAGAAGAUAUUCCUCGGGACCAUGGCUACCCAGUACGAAUCGUUCUUCCUGGAAUUGUUGGAGCGAGACAGGUAAAAUGGUUGUGCAAAAUAACACUGUCAAAAAAGGAGAGUGAUUGCCAUUGGCAACAGAAGGAUUACAAAGGGUUCCACGCGUCAAUCGACUGGCAUAAUGUUGAUUUCAGUACAGUGCCAGCCAUUCAGGAACUUCCUGUCAACAGCGCCAUCUGUGAGCCAGUUAAUGGAUCGAGUCUAGAAGAAGGUUCAACUGAUGUGACAGUCAAAGGCUAUGCGUGGAGCGGAGGUGGUCGUGGCAUCGUCAGAGUCGACGUGACAACAGACGGGGGAAAGACAUGGCAUUCUGCAGAACUAAAACACCCAGACCAGCCAUUAUACAAGACAUAUGCAUGGACACUAUGGGAAGCGACAGUCCCACUGCCUGCAGACAAGAAGGAUGUUGAGAUUCAAUGCAAGGCUGUUGACUCUUCCUAUAAUGUACAGCCAGAUAACGUCGAUGGAAUCUGGAAUCUAAGGGGUGUUCUUAGUAAUGCUUGGUUCAAGGUCAACGUUCAAGUCCCAGGAGAGAAGGAAGAGGCAAAAAAGAAAAAGACAUCUUGGUGGUAAACAUCUGACAUAAACAUCAAAGGGUCAAUAUCAAAGCAACGCAUGGCCUGUUAGCAGAGUUAUGUGAAUGGCCAGAUUGACAAUGUCCGAAGAGAGUUUUGAUGGAGAGUGAUCAUGUGAUAUUGAUGGUAACAGUUCAACACACCUUAUCAUACUGUUAUUCCUCUCUGAAUGCCUGAAAACAUAAAAACCGCAUAGACACUAUUGAAAGGCCAUAGUCAUAUUUUACGUAAACAAAAAUGCUUGUGUAUAUACAAUGUACAUGUACAUACAUGUAUUAAUGGAUAUGGUCUACUUAUUGUUCGGAAGUCGGAAUUUCCUUGUUGAAUAACAUGUACAUGAUAUACUUGUUUUAAUCUUUGUAUCUUUUGAAUUAACUCAUAUUGAUAAGUUAAUGUAUAUAUUAUUUCAUGGCCUAAAUGAUCGAUAAUUUUAAACUACUCAGUAUUGUCAAUAUGUAAGCUCGUACCUGUUUUUAGUUAUCCAAUUAAAACUUAUGUAUUUGUUAAUGAUAUUUAAUUACUUUCUAGAUAAACAGUAUUUUGACAAGGCAAUGUGCUUUAAUGAAAAAAAAUAUUUAGAAUAAAGGUUUAGUAUUAGUUUGUGAGUGAAGAAUAUUUUUUAGACCCAGUGUCUAUAAAAAUUGUACUUAGCAAGUAAUCAUUUUUUUAACAUUAUUUUUAUGAAAUAUGUAUUCCUUUUCAUCAUAUAUUAAAGUUUUUCUUUAUCAGCAUUAAAAUUGUUAACACCAAGAACAUCCCAUUUGUAUGGACAUGCGUCGUAGGUAGACAAUUAUGUUUUUACGUUAACAUAUAUAUUUAUUAUAUAAAUAACUAAGUCAGCACUUAUUUAUGCUUUGCGUCACAUCAAGGCUACGAUAGUUGUAAUAUUAAAGUAUAGCUAAAACAAGAAACUUUAAAUGAAAAAAACGAAACCAGACACUUUAUGUUAUAUAAUGCUUUUCAAUGCAAUAACAGUAGAAUCAUUUGUAAUGUAUGCAGUUAUGGCCAGACGCAGCUUAUCCUGGUUAAUUUCAGCGGUAUAACUAUAAAUCAAUAUUUGGACAUCAAUGAAGGCAUACCCUAUGUGUUUUUUAUGGAGGUUGUCUUGAUUCAGUAUUUUGUAUGAUGAAAGCAUUAUGCCAAAAUGUGAUUAUGCGUAUUACAGUUUAUGUAUAUGUAUUUUAUUAUUAGAACAAAUAUUUUGAAUAUACUAGUCCAUCAUUGUGCUAAUCUUUGAAAAAAAUAUUAAAAUUGAAAAUGUUCACUUUAUUUAUAAUACAUUUUUGAAACAAGUUGUAUCAACUUAUAUUAAUCACACUUGUUGUGGGAAGAAAAAAAGAAAGAAAGAAACCGGAGUACCCAAGGAAAACCAUCGGGCAGGUAACUCCAUACCUUUUCACAUCCGAUCAGGAAAAUCUAACCUCUACUGCCAAAGUGAAGGGCAAGUGUACUAGUGUUACCACUGUGUCACCCCACCACCCCUAUAUUCAAAAUACUAAGUUUGUUGAUAUUUAAGCAUGCCAAAAAACAAAACUGAAGGUACUAGAAUUCCCAGGGGAAAUGUUGAACAAAAACAAGAAAGAAUUUUUGUUUUUAUAUUGGAUUUUGAAAAAAUAUGAAGUUAGAAUUUUUGUUUUUAUAUUGGAUUUUGAAAAAAUAUGAAGUUAAUAUUUGAGCUUGCCAAAAAAAACGAACCUUACUAGAAUUUUUCAGGGAAAUCUUGAACAAAAGAAAAAAGUUUUCGAUAAGUCUGGUAAUAAAAAAGAUGGUAGGAUUUGUAUUGAGGUUGUAUUUUUUGCGAUAUGUUAGAAAAAUCAUUAUUUUGUGCUAUUUUAACAAAGGUUGAAUAUCGAUUUAUAUAAUGAAUUUAUAUGGCUUACCUAUGUAGAUAACUUAAUGCACUAAAUAAAGAACAUUUUUUGCAUUUUUGUUUACUGGUGAUGUUGCUUAAGAAUAUUGAAAAGAUUUCGAAACUGUAAUUUUUUAAACUAUUUCACCAACAAUUAAAUACUACACUUCAGCAGUGAACAAACUUAGAUUUAUUUACCCGGUAUUGAUGUAAAUAUGUUGUGAAUUAAUAUUCCCAGAAUAUUAAUAUACUGAUUACUGAGUAUGUUGACCUACUAAAGCUUUAUAUGCUUUAACAGUCCCACAUUAACAGGAGACUAUUGAAUUUAAACAAAAGCUGAAUCCCUCACGCCAACAGAACACUGACCUUACAGUCGAUGAGACGAAGCCUUAUUUGCCUAGCAGUAGGUGGAGUCAUGUAGGUGGUAAACCUGUAACUAACUAAAUAAUCACAAGCUCCAUCAGUUGACCAUACUGCAAAUGUUUUGAGUUAAUCGUGGGACAUUCAAUAUCUUUUUGAUUUCAUAAUACCUAGUAGCUUUUAUUUUUGUCAAUAUUGGAUUAUAUUUUUUUUUUUUAUUUUUAAAUUUUAUCUUGAAGUAGAAUCCGGUCCCUGCGUUUACUUUUAAUGAGAAAAGAUUAUUAUUUAUUUUUAAAUGCAUUCUUCACAACUGCUUGUUUUUGUUUUAUUAAAAUUUAUGACUUAUCAUUGGCUAUUGAUUGCCUUUGAUUUUAAAGAUCACAAAGGUCAUUGUCAACUAGAACUGAUGUGGACUGAUGGGUCCUAGAAGGACGAGACAACUGUAGGAGGGAUUUUGAUUAAUUGUGGCCUCAUUAAUGAAUCUGGCCCGAGUUUCCUCUGGCCCUGACACCAUAUACCAGACAUGGUGUCAGGGUCAGAGGAAACUCGGGCUAUAUUGUAUCCAGCUCUUAUAUCCUGUGUGUCAUUGUGCAAUCCUUUGAAAUAACAUGAGCAAUUAAUAAGGUAAUUAGUUAUAGUUAGAUGACAAUAAUGUCAGUCAAAGUUGAAUUACUUUUAAUUUUUAUCCGCUGUAUAAAGAAUUUGUCACCUUUGGUAUGCUUGUCAGACACACAUAUAAGCUUAAAUCACAUUUGCCUGUGCACUCUUCUUACAAAGAGAAAUUUCUGACUGAGAAUAGAUUUAGGAUAUGCUAUUGCUUGAAAAUAAUAUUUGCAAUUGCAUCUACCUAAAAUCCCAAGAAAAAUACAAAAAAAAAAAAUAAAUAAAU